UUCUCACUUCCUUCUUGGCUCCACCCUGAUGGCUCAGUGACGUGCCACAAGGAAAUGUUAGAUUCUCUAGGGGGUGGUCUUAAAGGACUGUUACUGCCGAAAGAAUGAUCGCUGGAAAGAAUGAUCCGCUGAGGAGACUGUUUGGAAGGGGUAUGAUGAGGACAGACGUGGAGAAGGCAGCAGCGAGUGUGGGGUGACCAGCCUCACCAGGGAUAAAGAAACUCAGAAGGACAAACACAAAGAGAUACCUUUUCUUCUUAAAGGAGCUGGCUUGUGCUCUCCCCACCCCCAGAAGCUGCCAAUUGCUAGAGGGGCCGUCAGAAGAUAGAACUCAUAAACCCAGUUUCUACCCCAAGACACUGCAUCCCAAAGAAACAAGUGUCCAUUCCUCAAGGAAAGGGCUAAGAAUGCUAGGCAUUAGAAUUGACAAUCAUGGAGACCAAUGAUCAUGACAUACCCCAGGAUGGAUCCACAACCUCAAGUAGUCAGAGGACCACUGGGGAAGACAGUCAUCCGUUGAUUGAAGCUGUUAAAGAGGGGAAUGUUGACAGGAUAAAGCAAUUGCUGCAAAGAGGAGCUGAUAUCAAUGCCUGUGAAGACAUUGGGGGCUGGACACCUUUGCACAACGCAGUGCAGCUUGGCAAAGUAGACAUUGUCCAUCUCCUGCUUCGUCAUGGAGCUGACCCUCAUCAGAGGAAGAAGAAUGGGGCCACUCCCUUCAUCAUCGCUGGGAUCAAUGGAGAUGUGACACUGCUUCAGACAUUCCUCUCUAAAGGAGCAGAUGUCAAUGAGUGUGACUUGAAUGGCUUCACGGCUUUCAUGGAAGCUGCUGAGUGUGGUAAGGUUGAAGCCUUAAGACUCCUUUUUGAUAAGGGAGCCAAUGUGAAUUUGAGACGAGAGACAACAGAGGACAAAAAGCGAAUGAAGAGAGGAGGGGCCACUGCUCUUAUGAGUGCUGCUGAGAAAGGUCACACAGAAGUCGUGAGUAUUCUCCUCAAUGAGAUGCGGGCAGAAGUCAAUGUCCAGGACAAUAAGGGCAGAAAUGCCUUGAUCUGUACUCUGCGGGACCCAGAGGGUAAAAACGUGGAGGAGAUUACUCGUCUUCUGCUCCAUCAUGGGGCUGAUGCUAACGUGAGAGGAGAAGGAGGGAAGACACCUUUGAUCUUGGCAGUGGAAAAGCAAAAACACACAGGUUUGGUGCAGAUGAUACUGAGCCAAGAGGAAAUAAACAUUGAUGCCAGAGAUAGCCAGGGCAAGACAGCCCUGCAAUUUGCUGUUGAACACAACCUGAAUGAAAUAGUUGAGUUGCUGUGUGCUAAGGGAGCCAGUACCGAGUGUGGGGAUCUUGUUGGGAUAGCCAGGCGAAAUUACAACUCUUACCUUGUAGAACUUCUUCUCCAUUAUGGAGCUAAGGAUCAAACUGGCCCUCCUGAUGGAGACUGGUUGCCUCACAGUUCACGUUGGGGGAAAGCCUUGAAGAGACUCCACAGUAUGCAUCGACCCAUGAUUGGCAAACUCAAGAUCUUUGUGGAUGAGGAAUUUAAAAUUGCUAGCACUUCUGAAGGGGCCGUCUACUUGGGAUUCUAUGACAAUCAAGAGGUGGCUGUGAAGGUCUUCCCUGAGGACAGCACACGUGCACUUAAUGAAGUCUCCUGUCUGCAGGGCUUCCUUGGCCACAAUAACUUCGUGACUUUCUAUGGAAAAGAGAUCACCAAGGACUGUUUUUAUGUGUGUGUGUCCCUGUGUGAAUGGACAUUGGAAGAGUUCCUGGGUGAGCACAGAGAGGAACCCAUGGAGAACAGUGAAGAUACAUUUGCUCGCAAUGUGCUAUUGUCUGUUUUUAAGGCUGUUCAAACACUACACUUGGAAGGAUAUACCCAUCAGGAUCUGCAGCCACAAAACAUCUUAAUAGAUUCCAAGGAAGCUGUUUACCUGGCAGAUUUUGAUCAGAGCAUCCAAGGGACGGGAGAUCCCCAGAACGUCAUGAGAGACUUGGAGGCCCUUGGACGGCUGGUCCUCUAUGUGGUAAAGAAAGGUGAGAUCCCUUUUGAGGAACUGAAAGAUCAAGAUAAUAAAAAGGUGGCUGAAACAUCUCCAGAUGAGGACACUAAGGACCUCAUUCAGUGCCUGUUUUCUCCUGGAAAGAAUGUAAAGAACUGUCUGAAGGACCUACUUGGCCAUCCUUUCUUUUGGACUUGGGAGCAACGGUACAGGGUGCUUCGGGAUGUGGGGAAUGAAUCUGACAUCAAAAAACGGAAAAAGAAUAGCAAGCUUCUCAAACUACUACAGCCUGGGACACCUGGGCCUUCCAGAAGUUUCAAUCAGUGGAAAUCUAAGAUCGACAAAUGUGUUAUGGAAGAAAUGGAUGAUUUCCAUCUGCCCAAUAGACCUAGAAAUCCUUAUCAGGAAACUGUGGGCGAUCUACUGAAGUUCAUUCGGAAUAUAGGAGAGCACAUCAAUGAGGACAAAAACAAGCAUAUGAAGGAGAGGCUUGGAGACCCUUCUCGUUAUUUUCAGGAAACGUUUCCAGAUCUUACAAUCUAUGUCUACAAGACACUAAAGGACACAGAAUACAGCAAACAUUUCCUACAGACUCAACCAAGCUGCAGCGUGCCUGAGGCAGUAGGACCACAGAACUGAAUCUUGCAAGUUCAAGGAACCGAUUUUUAAUGUGUAUAGUUCUUGCAAGUUGAAUAUCUCUGAUCUCUUAAGUAAUCUGGUUGCUUGUGAGGGCUGAGUUAGAGAACCAAUGUGUCAGCUUCUGAUACACUGUUCUACACAAUCACAAAAGCAGUGUACUACACUACUCCAUUUUAGGGAGAGCCUUCUGUUAAAAUUUCAUUUUCUUAAAAAUAAGUGUGUGUGGCUGGGCGUUGGUAGUGGACGCCUUUAAUCCCAGCACUCGGGAGGCAGAGGCAGGUGGAUCUCUGUGAGUUCGAGGCCAGC